AUGCAUCUCAUCUUGUCUUCUUUCCUGACUAAGCUCCUCGAUCCCAAUGGACUAGCGGGCCACCCAGCGAUGACAAGACACAAGCUGUGUGCCGGUGUAUAUACAAGCUCGCCCGUUGCGCUCACACAGGCAGCCCUCUCUCUGCACAUGCACGCCGCACAGCUGGGGCCUGGGGGUGGUGGUGGUGGUGGCAUUGUGGAUGGACUGGACGGCAGCGUGGUAUUUUGGACCCGGUCUAGAAUCUCUGGACUUCUUGGUUCCACACCAGGCAUCAGACGACCUAGCCAACUUCAUCUGCUUUACCUCAUGCCAAUCGCCAACCCAGCCGUAACUCGGUAUCACCGGCAGUGUCCGAUUAUCUUCCAAGACAGGUACAAGUCAAAUCUUGGUCAUUCCGCGUAUGGAGAAUUGGAGAUUUACAACACCUUUACAGAUACACAAGAUGUUAAUAUCUUGUGCAGAUCUCUAAUGGCUCGGCAUACACAGCCGGGCAACGGCUCGCGAAUGCAUCCUAGCAGACAGGCGCAGCUUCUCUUGAGUCAUCUGGAAACGAAACAGGAAGCGAUGACAAGAAAGAAACCAACACGGCGCACAUUUCAAGAGCAAACAGACCCAAAGAUCCGUCCGCUUCUGUCCUCGCGGCUUCUCGCUUCGCCCCGUAGUUCUGCGGGCUGCCUGCAUAUCCCGCGCAACUGCCAUGCUAUGCCGUUAUUCCCUCGCUUGAAUCAAGAUAGCUUCUCAAGCGGCAAGCCAGGUACCCGCCGAACUUUCCGUGACGCCCGGCACUUGGCAGAGGGCAUACGUCAGUCCGAGUCAAUCUGGUGCAUGCCCAAGAUAAAUCGUCCGAAAGGUUGCGCCGUCGUCAGCAACGGCGUAGAUGCAGCAAAGCGAACCCGACGGAUGGCUUCGAAAUGUCUGGAUGGGAAAGAGCCAACAACGAGCCAAGCAUUGGGAUUGGAUCAAUGGAUCAAUGGAUCCGAGAGGGAGCUCCACUCCACACAAGGGAAAGAGCCCUGGUCAUCCGCUCUCACCUGUCGGUCUCGAACUGGCGCGGUCCAGACCGUGGUCGCCCCCACUCCAAGCUCGCCGAUCGAUGAUCGUCACCUGCCAUUCUCAUUGGCCCCAAUCCGGAAGGAAGCUCCUGUCAGUUCUGUCAGUCUCUUGUCAGGAAGCAGUCACAGCUCACUCACGAGUGUCAACUUCCACGUCGUUGGCUUGCAGACCCUGACCGCCGCAACAUCCCAAAAGUGCGAAUCUCACAUUUUGACAUGUCAACAUCCAACUACGGAUGCCUACCUUCGAAUAGGUACCAACCUAUUGCCCUCUCCAACGCCAGCCCGCAGAUCAACGUUUAGCAGCUUUGCGACAUGGGUCUUUCAAUCUGUCUCAGUUGCUAACAAGCAAAAGAACACAGCCUGGAAUACUGUAUCAAUCUAUGCGCCAACUGCCUUCGACCAAGACACCUUCCUCGUCCUCAAGCGAUUCGGGAGAAAAAGGACGAGAUACAGUGACGCCGCUGUCACCCCAAAGCAGUCAUCAUACGAUGACGCCGGCCUACUGUUGUCUGUUCCGGGCUCCGUGCGGAAGACUAGGCUGGCUGGGCUAUACAUUCAGCAACUGUCCCGGCACUUGGCUUCGCAUUCCGUCAUCGCGAAAUACUUUCUCGAACCAGACAAGCAGAGAUGGCUUUGCUAUCUCCUUGGCGCCAAGAAGAUCAAAAACCGUGAGGCCGUGGACCGUGAUACUGUCGCACAUUGUUCCCCGUACGAGGCAACGUUGGAUUUCAGACUCUCCAAGUCUCACCUCGGAUCCGGGCACCGCCCCGAGUCGCGACUGUCGGUGAAGGGAUACAAGACUACAUUCCCAGCCAGGGAGAAUGCACUACCUAUGCUUUCGAACCUGCGCGGGACCCCUUCCCGUUCAAUAGCUCUCGCGACCUUGUCUCGGUCAAGAUGUAUGGUGACAGAGGGUGUCUUUCCUCCAUCCAUCUCAUACGCCUUAUUCCCGACCUCGGAACUUUGUGCAACCUCAGCAGGCCAGUCAUUUUCGACACCGUAUUUGAUAGUCGCGGGUUGCAAAUACCUGAUCAUUUGUAUCAUCGAACGGUUUGGUUCCGUUGGUCAUGACGCAAGGAGAAAUGGUCUCCCGGUCUCAAUUACCUUUCAAUGCCAGUCGGAGUUGCGGGGAUCACAAUCCCGAUGUGAAAUAUGCAGCAUUCCUCGCAUCAAGAGAAGGAGAUGUGCUCUGGUCCAUCGCGAGGAACAUUGUCUCGUUUCAAACCUCUCUCUGUACGCAUGGGAUUCUCAUUUCCGAUCCAGCGACAAGGCGCCAUCGGCUCCGGCCGAGUUUAGUUUCACGGAUAAUCCGAUCAUCUACCUAUCACGGUCCGACUUUGUUGCCAGGCAGCCAGAUAUACGGAUCGCCGCAGUUCACGUUGCAAAGACCUGGCAUUUGUGGCUGUUGGCGAGCAUAGUUGAGCGGGUCGCAUGGUUCGUCCGACUGAUCUGCAGACUCGGGUUUAAGUCAAACGACACGAUCGAUGUUGAUAGACAGUGGCAAUACACGUUCGCGGCCAAGACUAAGGAUUGA